GCAUAAUUUAUUUAUUCAUUCAUUUCCUAUCACCAGUGACUGCUGCCAACUGGAUGCGUCUGAGUGGUUGAGGGAUAGAUAGCUCUUUGUUUUCGUCCCCCGCCGCCCUCUACUUGCUCCAGAACUUCUAACCAAGCUGACUAAGGAUGGACGGGAACCGAACCAUCGACCCAAGCUGCAGUGAAAAACCUCCCGUGGCCAUCGACAUCAUUCUCAAGUUGGACAUCUUUGGUAUCAUCCUGUACUCAGUGCUGACCUUCAUGGCAGCGGUGUCCAUGCUGGUCUACAUAGAGGAGUGUUGGUACAUCUACCGGAAGGUUCCCUCCCACAAGAAGAGCGCCAUCAUCUGGGUCAACGGGGCAGCGCCGGUGAUUGGCACCAUGUCCUGUCUGGGGAUGUGGAUUCCCCGAGCCACCAUGUUUACUGACAUGACCUCCGCCUGCUACUUUGCGAUCGUCGUGUUUAAGUUCCUGGUGUUAAUGAUCGAGGAGGUGGGGGGUGACGAGGCGUUUCUACGGCGAGCAGGGAGGAACAAACUGAAGAUCAGUACUGGUCCCUGCUGCUGCUGCUGCCUCUGUCUACCCCAUGUUAACAUCACACGCCGGAGUUUGUUCCUGCUGAAGUUGGGGUCGUUCCAGUUCGCCCUGAUGAAGGCUGUCUUCACCAUUCUGUCAAUCAUCCUCUGGACCAAUGGCAACUUCAACGUUACAGAUACGGCGGUAACGGGAGCGUCUAUCUGGAUAUCUCUGGGAGUGGGGGUCCUGACCAUCAUAGCACUGUGGCCUGUAGCCAUCAUGUUCAUGCAUCUCAGGACCGUGCUGCGCAGCCUCAAGAUCAUUCCCAAAUACGCCAUGUACCAGCUGGUGCUAGUGCUGAGUCAGCUCCAGUCAGCCAUCAUCAACAUCCUGGCUAUGAUGGGAACUAUCGCCUGCACCCCGCCAUACUCCUCUCAGGCCAGGGGAUACUGUGAGACUCAUCUCCAUCCAUCCCUUCAUCACUAUAUCCCUUAUUAAACAUACACACACUAU